GGCAGCUCCUCCUUGUCGCGAACUCUGGAUGACCUUGGCCAAGUCGCUUCAGUUCCCCGAGCUGGCGACUUCGUCUGUAAAAUGCGAGUCAUAGCCCUGUCUCCUAGAUGAGCCGUGUGGAGGCUCAGUGGCGGGAACGCCUGCGGGGCAGCCGUGGUCCUGGGCGGUUUGCUGGGGACGCCUCACCGGGGGUGAGGGUGAAAGGGCUUCAACGGGGAUCAUUUUGUCACAGGCUUUGUGGGGGGGCAGCUCUCAUUUUUAUAUAAACAACUGUGGAAUAUUACGAAGUACUUACAGAACUUUUGUUUCGCACAAUACGAGACGCUUGAAGGAAAUGGAGCCCUAGCUGGGAUUCGCUUUUUUGAGGCCCGCGUCGCCCUGCCCUUAAGGGGUGCCCACGCUCUAGCUGCGGACCUGGCUCUGUUCGCAUUGUCGUUAGAGGAUGAUGUGAAGCAACAGAGAUCCUUAGCUUUCAACGAAUUCAUAUUUGUGAUUUCCUGUUUGCCAAAACCCUUCCUGCCCACCUAGGAAGUGGUGCUGGCCAAGCAAGUUUAGUGUGUGUCCACGCGAGGUCUUUCUGAACCUUGGGGUAGGUGAGCUCUCCCGUUAGCUAAUUUCAAUUCGCUAGAGGUUGAGUGUGGGACAACUCAUGGCACCAUAGUUUUUUUUUUUUUCUUUUUUUUUUGGUGUUGGUGUGGGAUUCCACGAACCGUCCCCACCAGGGGUCUGCCGUGAAAUGGAUACUCAAUAGGAAUGAUAGUAGGUUACAAAAGUGACUAGCAUGCAGAUACCCAUGCUCUGACUUUCUGCCCCUCCACUGACAUGGCCCACCGGGGUGGGGAGAGGGACUUCCAGACUUCAGCUCGACGCAUGGGCACCUCGCUGCUCUUCCAGCUUUCAGUGCACGAACGGGAGCUGGACCUGGUUUUUCUGGAUCAUAGCUAUGCCAAGCCUUGGAGUGCCCACCCAGAUGCCAGUAGUGCCCGCCCCACCCGCAUGCUCUUUGUCACUCCCCGGCGGCAGCACGAAAGUACCAUUGAAUCAGACGUCCCAAUAGAUGUGGAGACGGUCACAUCAACGCCUAUGCCACUCUAUGACAAUCAGAAGGCACGCAGCGUCAUGAAUGAGUGUGAACGGCAUGUCAUCUUUGCCAGGACUGAUGCAGAUGCCCCUCCUCCACCAGAGGACUGGGAGGAGCAUGUUAACAGGACUGGCUGGACAAUGGCCCAGAACAAGCUAUUCAACAAGAUCCUCAAAGCCCUGCAGUCUGACCGGCUUGCCCGCUUGGCCAACGAAGGGGCUUGUAAUGAGCCAGUGCUGCGCCGUGUUGCUGUGGACAAGUGUGCAAGGAGAGUGCGGCAGGCUCUGGCAAGUGUGAGCUGGGAUACGAAGCUGAUCCAGUGGCUGCACACCACCCUCGUGGAGACCUUGAGUCUGCCCAUGCUGGCAGCCUACCUGGAUGCUUUGCAGACGCUGAAGGGGAAGAUCCCAACCUUGAUUGACCGGAUGCUUGUGUCAUCCAACACGAAGACUGGGGCUGCAGGAGCUGAGGCCUUGUCUCUCCUACUGAAGAGGCCCUGGGACCCUGCUGUGGGCGUGCUUUCUCAUAACAAACCAAGCAAACUCCCUGGCUCUCCACUGAUUCUCAUCGCCUCCUCUGGUCCCUCCAGCUCUGUGUUUCCCACUUCACGCCGCCACCGCUUCUGGCAAUCUCAGCUGUCCUGCUUAGGCAAGGUCAUCCCUGUAGCCACCCAUCUGCUGAACAAUGGCAGUGGGGUAGGAGUUCUACAGUGUCUCGAGCAUAUGAUUGGGGCAGUGAGAAGCAAAGUGCUGGAGAUUCACAGUCAUUUCCCACACAAACCCAUUAUCUUGAUUGGCUGGAACACAGGAGCUUUGGUGGCCUGUCAUGUGUCAGUAAUGGAGUAUGUCACUGCAGUUGUCUGCCUUGGGUUUCCUCUGCUUACCGUGGAUGGCCCCAGAGGGGAUGUAGAUGAUCCCCUCUUGGAUAUGAAGACUCCAGUCCUCUUUGUCAUUGGUCAGAAUUCCCUUCAAUGUCACCCUGAAGCCAUGGAGGACUUCCGGGAGAAGAUUCGAGCUGAGAACAGCUUGGUGGUGGUUGGGGGAGCUGAUGACAAUCUCAGAAUAAGCAAAGCAAAGAAGAAAUCAGAAGGGUUGACUCAGAGCAUGGUGGACAGAUGUAUUCAGGAUGAGAUUGUGGACUUUCUGACUGGAGUGCUCACUCGUGCUGAGGGUCACGUGGGCUCUGAACCUCGGGAUCAGGAUGCUGAGAAGAAGAAGAAGCCCCGCGAUGUGGCCCGCAGAGACUUGGCCUUUGAAGUCCCUGAGCGGGGCAGUCGACCUGCCUCCCCAGCUGCCAAGCUGCCCGCCUCACCCUCAGGCUCAGAGGAUCUCUCCAGUGUGUCCAGCAGCCCCACCUCCAGUCCCAAGACCAAAGUGACCACGGUGACCUCUGCCCAGAAGUCCAGUCAGAUUGGAAGCUCGCAGCUGCUGAAGAGACAUGUGCAGCGGACAGAAGCUGUGCUGACCCAUAAACAAGCUCAAGCACAGUUUGCUGCUUUUCUGAAACAAAAUAUGCUGGUGAGGAAAGCUCUUCCUCCUGGCACCUCCUCCUGUCUCUUUGUUCCCAUUUCAUCAGAACCACCGGAGGAAGGAGAAAAAGAGGAUCUUAGGGUUCAGCUGAAGCGACACCAUCCCUCGAGUCCCCUUCCUGGCAGUAAGACCUCCAAGCGACCGAAGAUCAAGGUGUCCCUUAUCUCCCAAGGGGACACAGCUGGAGGGCCUUGUGCUCCUUCCCAAGGAAGUGCUCCAGAAGCUGCAGGUGGGAAGCCCAUCACCAUGACACUGGGGCAGGCUUCAGCAGGGGCCAAGGAGCUCACAGGACUUCUCACCACAGCCAAGUCCAGUUCUUCUGAAGGUGGAGUCUCAGCCAGCCCAGUCCCUUCAGUGGUCUCCAGCAGCACUGCACCCAGUGCCUUGCACACACUGCAGAGCCGCCUGGUGGCCACAUCUCCUGGCAGCUCCCUCCCAGGCUUGAAGGUCCCCACCACCAUUACUCUGACACUUCGUGGCCAGCCGAGCAGGAUCACCACGCUGAGCCCUAUGGGCACAGGAGCAGCCCCAUCCGAGGAGCCCUCUUCCCAGGUGCUGCCCUCCAGCUCACAGCGCCUGCCUCCAGCACCCUGAAGAUGCUGUGUGAUAUGUCUUCCUUACCAAGUUGGUGAUGGCUGCCUCAUGGUGGGCGCUGGACACGUGUGUGGUCCUGCUGAGCUGUCCACAUGUCCGAAGACCUCUUUAAGACAGUCAUUUUUGCCUCUCUGCCAACUGUCUUCAGAGAAACCAUUAGGUUAGGUGAUGUGGUGCCAUCAAGGGAAGCACCAUCGUCCAGGAUCUGCAAAUCUGGCUGUACAUGGAUCAGAACCACUUCUUCUCCUGCUUAAGCUGUGGUUUGACCCAAGGGUCAGUAUAUAGGACUGCCUGCUGCAUUUAAUGAAGGUGUUUCCUUUUGGAAGUCUGUGCUACCCUCUGCACCUAGUUGGGAGGAGACAUCCACCUGGUCUGAGGUUUCAGGAGUUAGAAUGGAAAGCCUUUUGCUAAAGACUGGAGUCAUCCUGGCCUGCCAACUGGUGGUUCAGAGCCAGACGGGCUUGUUUUGGACAUCACUGUUGCCUUCACUCAGCAGCCAUGGGAGAGUGCUCCCCAUGCAACUCCACCUUAGAAACCAUGUCAGAUACUGAGUAGCUUGCUGACUCCUGGAAACUUCUGGUUUUUGUUAGUGUCAUAAUGAAGGCAAAGAGAACUAGGCUGUCAUCUUUCAGCCUCUUUGACUUACUCUAGAUGUUGGGAGCAGUGGUUGCCAAGUGAAACCUGGCCCCUUUGUCUUUUUCACCAUGCUUUGGCCAUUUUCUGUAUCCAGAGAGUCCGCAGGUUCAGAUAAGCUGAAGAAGAGGAAUAGAACAGCAAAGGAAGUGGCUUGAAGGACGUUCCAGUAAGCCCUGUGGUUUGUGCUUAGGUCUCUGCUCUGCCACCCAAGGAACUAGUGAUUCAGCUGGAGAUAAAAAGAAGAAUUUGCCACGUCAGAGAAGAAACCCCAACCCCGGAAAAUCCUCUGUCUCCAGUCUCUGGAGGUGAAGCAGGGACAACAAGCUAAGGUAGUAUCUUGGCCAUCCCAGGAAACUUGUGGCAUUAGGACAAUGAAGGCCAUGCUUCAGUGUUUUUGUUUCUGUUUCAUGAGACUUUUUGUCUUCCUGCUUACAAGUGGGAAGAUGAUUGACAGUGAUUCUACUAUGCAGGGCUGUUGGUACUAACCUGAGCCCUAUAGGUGGCAAUCCCCGGAGAAGUGGUCACAGAAGAUGGAGCUCUGAUCCCCUGCUUACCUCUUCAGAACACUUGUGUGCAAAGAUAGUUUUAGAUUUGGUUUAGAAGCUGUCCUCCAGAACAGGCUCCCAUACUUAGAAUGUUUCUAGUUAAGGUAAUAAAUUAGGCAACCCAAGUGUGACUCCACUCAAGUGUCCUUUUCUGUAGGCAGGAAGGGCCCACGUCAUGGCUUAAAAUAUAGUCCAUGGUCCUGACCCACAGUACAGUGUGUAUCUACACCAGGCCACCUGUGUUCAAUCUGGGAGCCUUCCUGGCCAGUCUGAGUGGGAGCCAGCAGGGAGCUCAUAGUGUCUAGGAGUCUCAGGCAAGGUAGGUCAGGGUACUGUGGGGAGGGGGGAUGUGUGUGAUAGGAGAGGGUACCCUAAACCAUACCUUCUCUCCCUGACCUGAAAAGCUGAUCUCAACAGGGAUUCACACAGAAUUAGGCUAUGUUUUUGCAUUAGCUGGUAGGUGACUUUCUCAAAAUUCUUAAAUUCAAAGUAUUUAGUAAACUUGAGGAAGGUGUGAAAUGUGGAGGAGGCAUCCAGGACCCAGGGGUUUGAUAGCUUUACAGGUAGGAUCAUACCACACCAAAAGAGCAGUGGACAGUAAGACUAUAUGAGCUAUAUGAAGCUUUUAGGAAUCUUUUAGGACAGACAGAGCCCUAAACAACCCAUUCAUGACUUAAGUUGUUGGCUCAGUGUAUGCUGGGGACAAAGAAAAACUAACAAGCCGACCUGCCUUUAUGGUAAAUUCUAGUGUGCUUACAAGGGAUGACUUCCUGAGGUGUGGUCUGUCCACCUUGAAGAAUUCCAUAACUGAAGAAGGGGAGCUGUGAGAACGUGGAUUGUUCUACACCUUGGCCAGGGUAAUAGAGGAAGUGGCUGAGGCCUAGAGUCACGUUUUCCAGUUCCCUUCGCAAACUAUAUUUCUUGGAACGCGAAAGGAAGCUUUACCUAUUUCAUAGAAGACCUGGAAUCCAUGACCUCAGAAGGCGAUGUUAUUGAUAGAAAAUGUGGAAGGAUCAGGAAGUUCUUAGAUUCUUGGAUGACAGAUGCAUGUUGAUGCCAUGUGGAGAUGUCCUUGUGUUUUGAGGUCACUGAGGUAGGAAGACCUGUCUACUCUUGGUCUCACCACUAGAACAGUCUUGGGCCGGAGGGGUUAUAGAGCUGAGCGGCUGUGAUGGUUCUGUUCUUACAUUAACAAAAACAAUUAAAAACACCAAAAACAACA